UCUACUCUACUUCCAACGCGAAGCGACGCGACGAAUCGACAAUCAAAACUCCUCUCCUCCCAAUUCAUUCACGAUCAUCGCUUUUCAUUUCAAAUUUAAAUUUUCCGUCUUUUUUUAGUGUUAUUGCACUUUAAUUGCACAAUUUUGCAUUGCAAAUUUUCUACACCUCUGAAGAUUGUGAAAAGUGUCGAGAUGAGCUUGCAAACGGUAGGGAUUCUAUUUUAUCAAAUAAAAGUCGAAAUUUCGUGUUUCAGAUAAGUGAGUGAUAUGGCGACGAUAUAUUCCACAAAGUACUUUAAAGAAAAUCGAGGAAGCGCGAGCAAAAUGUGUUUACUUCGCUUCUCUCCUGACAUCGAGUGUCGCCUUUUGCUGCGAUGAGUUGGCGAGAUUUCCUCCUACCCUACUUACUUCCUAUUUUCUCCAAUUUCUCAACAUCCCACAUUUCUCUUUGCCUGGAGGGAUUGAAGGCAACGACGAUUUCUAUUUUAAGGGCACCUUGGUGUGAAAGAAGACAGUACACUGAGUAUCAUUUUCGCUCAAUAAGUGUCUUUCACCAACGAAUCACAGGAACAGAGAAAGAGAGAGGAGAGAGACUGGAAGAAGUUUGACGACAAGAGGGAAUGGUACAUUACGGAUGUGUGAAAACCGACAGCGGUGGAAUCGAGUGCUUCGUUGAGUUCAAAGAACCAGCUGCAAGUAAAUGGUUCUCUGAAAGCGGAGAAAUAAGCGCAAUGACUAAAUGCAUUGAGUUGCUGGCCAUCUUGGGUUCCUUUCUACUAGUCUUAAUCACCCUUCCGUUUUCGCUCUGUUUCACGUUUAAAGUUGUACAAGAAUACGAGCGAGCUGUGGUAUUUAGAAUGGGUCGUUUAAAGGAUGGCGCUCGAGGACCAGGAAGCUUUUUCCUGCUACCUUGUGUGGAUAAUUGUAUCAUCGUGGACUUAAGGACCGUAUCAUUCGACGUUCCACCUCAAGAGGUCCUCACUAAGGAUUCCGUUACUGUCAGUGUGGAUGCGGUCGUCUAUUAUCGGAUAAAGGAGCCUCUGAAUGCUGUUGUAAAAAUCGCAAAUUACAGCCACUCCACAAGAUUAUUGGCGGCAAGUACUUUGCGCACUGUUCUGGGAAUGCGAAGUCUGGCUGAGAUUCUUGCGGAGCGAGAAACCAUUUCUCACACCAUGCAGACCUCCCUCGAUGAAGCGACAGAUCCAUGGGGCGUCAAGGUGGAGCGGGUCGAGAUAAAGGACGUUCGACUUCCGGUGCAGUUGCAACGAGCCAUGGCAACAGAAGCGGAAGCUUCCAGAGAGGCUCGAGCCAAAGUGAUUGCCGCAGAAGGAGAAAUGCUAGCAUCCCGAGCACUAAAGGAAGCCAGUGACGUCAUUUCCAUGAGUCCCGCAGCUCUCCAGUUGCGGUAUCUGCAAACUUUAAAUAGUAUAUCAGCUGAAAAAAAUUCUACAAUAAUUUUCCCCUUACCGGUUGAAUUUUUGGCGCCCUUUCUCAACUUCGGACAACGACCAUAUCAAGAAUCACGGCCACAGCCCGGCCGCAGCCAGAACAAAUGUUCGGGGAUGGAUUGAAAUUUUCGUUACACAUCCACUCAAAAAGUAUAUGUAUAUUAUGUAUAUGUUUCCAAAAUGUUGGUUCACUAGAGACCCCUACUUUGAGGAAAUUAAGAGCCUUAAAUUUAGAUAGGAGAAUUUUACGAAUUGGAGUUUAGUGUAAUUGCAAAACUAUUUAUAUUUUUAUAAAUGUCAACA